AUGCAGCUAUUUAGAGAAGUUAUGGAUAAAUGUGGUUUUAUUGAUCUUGGAUUUGUGGGUUCACAAUUUACGUGGCAAAAACACUUCACUGAUGGUCAUUCAAUCUGGAAGAGAUUAGAUAAAGCUCUAGCCAACAAUGAAUGGAUGCUUAGAUUUGUGGAUUCGAGAGUUCACCACUUAUCUGCAAUCUCUUCUAAUUACAACCCUUUAUGGAUCAUGCCAAAAAAUCCAAACACAAGAAUAGUUCAGAAGAUAGAGAAGUGUGGGAAAGAAUUGAAGCAUUGGAGUAAAGUUGACUUUGGGAAUGUUAGAUCUGAAUUGAACCUGAAGAGGAGAUUACUUGUUGAAGCUGAAAAGGAAGCUAUGCAGUCUAGGGACAAUGCCCAUGUUAGGUCUCGUAAAGCCAAAAUAAAUGAUCUCUUUGAUAAGGAGUCACGCAUGUGGUUACAAAGAUCAAAAGUUUUAUGGGCAAAGACUAGAGAUUAG